UCUCUCUCCCUCUCUACCACUUAUUGUUAAUCAGAAGCUCUCUUCUCUUCUCCAAGAACUCACGACUCAGAUCGAACAAUUCUUCAAGAAAAGAUCGCAGAGAAUGGAAGAUCUUCCUCUUCCAGGCGGUUGUAAGAGCAUGGAGGAGUUCUCGGCAUACAUUCAUCACAGAAUCAAAGAAUGCAUGAAAGACUAUAAGAGCAAGGAAGAAACUAUGCAACAUCUAACGGAUCAGUUUCAAAUCCCACAUCUCAUGACCAGCAUAGUUUGGGAUCUUCUUGAGGCAAAGUAUCCAGAGAGUUUCAGAUCCCACUAUAAAUCUUGCGAGACUUAUCGGAAGAUCCGUGAAGCUUCAAGAAUAGAGAGCUACAAACUUAUACCGAGGUUUUUCAGGGAUAAAAGAGAGAAAGAUCAACACCGUCGCUCUAAUAUCCAGAGAGACGAUGAUGAUGAUGCAACAUCACAAGCACCUCAAGGUUCUAACGGUGGUGAUGCCUUAGUCCCUAGAGGUUUUAAGAGCGUGGAGGAGUUCUCAUAUUACGUUCAUGGAAGGAUCAUGGAGUGUAUGCGUGAUUACAAGAGCAAGGAAGAAACUGUAAAACAUCUAUCGGAUCUGUAUCGGAUCCCACCUGAAUCGACCAAAACAGUUUGGGAUCGUCUUGAACAAGGCUAUCAAGAUAACUUCAGAUCCUACUAUGAAGCUUGCGAGAAUAAGCGGAAGUUACGUGAACAAGAAGCACCAAAAGUAACGGCUACUGCUCAGAUCACAACAGAAACUAGAUCUUGUAAGUCUUCUGAGAGAGAGAGAGUUAAACAGGAUAAGGCAGCUUCGACAUCAGUGGUCAGUAAGACACUCAUACUGAGGAGCUUAAAUGAUAUAAAUGUGAAAAAGCAAGAGCAACAACGUACAUGUCCUCCUCCUGAUCAAAGCUUAAUGGAGACUGGCCCAGCAUCACGAGUCUCUCGUUUGGGACCAGAUGCUAAUGGAGUGAUGCACAUGAAGUUGGAGGACCUUCUUCUUCUGCUGAAUCGCUCAAGAGACGGUGCAUAGAUAAGGAGCAAGUGAGAGGUGACAACGAAGAAGCAUGAUCAGAAUCAA